CUGAUUAACGAAACACGCGCGCGCGCACACACAAAGUUGUAUUAUUAUGAUCAUAUAUAUAUAAUAUACCUCGAUCAUAAACAAGCUAGCUAGAUAGAAAUGAACGAGAAUAACAUGAUGUAUCUUCAUAUAAUUAUGAUCAUGUGUUGGUUUACAACAAUAUUAUCAUUGGGAAGAACUAGUGUUGAAGCUGGUUCCAACUCAUCAUCGAUCGCGAGUAGUAUGAUGAGCAACAGCAUGAUAGCAAAGCCCGGAUGUCCAACCAAGUGUGGGGAAGUUACAAUUCCUUACCCUUUUGGUAUUGGCAACGAGACGGGUUGUUCCUUGGACAACACAUUCUACGUUACCUGUAACACUUCCGAAACCCCCCCGAAGUUGUUCCUCCGUUCAAGCAACAUCGAAAUAUACAACAUUUCGGAUUCAGAGUUCCGCAUUAAAACUGGAGUUGGCUACAGAUGCUACAAUAGUAAUGGAAGUGUGAGUGACCAUUUUGAUUGGUGGACCACCUUAAUCACAUACACUUUCUCUGAGAAGAAUAUGUUAACGGUCAUUGGGUGUGAUGAUUAUGGUUUGAUCACAGGGGAUGAAGGCAACAGCUUUUCCAGCGGUUGUAUUGGAUUAUGCAGUGCACGAGUGGAUGUACCGGAUGGGCGUUGCUCAGGGGAAGGCUGUUGCCAGACAUCUAUUACAAAAGGUCUCCAACAUUACAAUGUCACACUCAACUCGUUUAGGAACCACACCGAUAUUUGGUCCAUCAAUCAAUGUGGCUAUGCCUUCCUCGGAGAGGUUAGCACUUUUAAGUUUCUUGGUUCCAGUGAUUUAUCUACUAAUUCAGGCUUGAUCAAGAGGGUCAGGUCGACUGUUCAAGUUGUGAUCGAUUGGGUUAUCAGACGCGACCAAACUUGCACCGAGGCUACGGAAUGCAAAGAGAAUAGUCAGUGCUAUGAUGUAGAAGGUGGUGGGUAUCGAUGUAAAUGCAACCCAGGUUACGAGGGUAACCCCUAUCUUGAUCAAGGCUGCCAAGACAUCAACGAGUGUGCGGAUUCAGAAACCUACCCCUGUUAUGGUGAUUGCAAUAAUACUCCAGGGGGUUACAAUUGUACGUGUCAACCGGGAUCCGUUGGUAAUGCUACAACACUAAAUGGUUGUCAAGUUGUUGUUGAUCAUGCUAAGGCUUCUUAUAAGUUUUCUUGGGUCAUACUCGUUAUAGCGAUUGUGUUGGGCCUGUUUGCGAUAUUAUCCGGAAUAACAGGAUAUUUCUUCGGAAUAAGAAAAAGAAAGCUAACUAGGCUCCGAGAAAAGUUCUUUGAGCAAAAUGGGGGUGUGUUAUUGAAACAAAAGAUCAAUUCACAAGGGUCUCAUGAGGCCAUGACUUUGUUUAGCACUCAACAACUGCGGAAAGCCACCAAUAAUUAUUCUCAGGACCAAAUUAUUGGACGAGGUGCAUAUGGUGUAGUGUACAGAGGAGUUUUGUCCGAUGAGCGUGUGGUUGCGAUAAAGAAAUCUAGGCUAAUGGAUAGUAGCCAAGCAGAGCAAUUCAUCAAUGAAGUCUUGAUCCUUACACAAGUCAUCCAUCGAAAUGUGGUAAAGCUUUUGGGGUGUUGCUUGGAAGAGGAAGUCCCUGUACUGGUGUAUGAAUUCAUCUCCAACAACACUCUUUUCCAUCAUCUUCAUUAUAGAUCGGGCGGAAUGAGUUGGUUAUCUUGGGACAAUCGGUUGAGGGUAGCUAUUGAAGCUGCCGGUGCACUUGCAUACCUUCAUUCGGAAACUAUUAUGCCAAUCAUACAUAGGGAUGUCAAGUCGACCAACAUACUGAUAGAUGAAAACUACACCGCUAAAAUUUCAGAUUUUGGUGCAUCAAGGUUAGUCCCAUUAGAUCAUGAACAAGUAACCACACUGAUUCAAGGAACGCUUGGGUAUUUGGACCCGGAAUACUUCAACACAAGUCAACUAACCGAAAAAAGUGAUGUUUAUAGCUUUGGGGUGGUCCUUACAGAACUCAUAACCGGCAAAAAGCCCAUUGGUAUUGACAGAACCAAUACAGAAAAGAAUUUAGCGACAUACUUUGUCAAGUCAAUUGAGGAGAACCGCUUAUUUGAAAUUGUUGAACCAAGACUCUUACGAGAAGGAACUAUUGAGCAGUUAGAAGAGAUAGGUAAUCUGGUAAAGAGAUGUCUUAGUUCACAAGGCCGGGAUAGACCUACAAUGAAAGAAGUAGCGGUGGAGCUAGAGGGCAUGAAAAAAUUACCUCAUCCUUGGCUUGAACAACAAACAUUUGAAGAGAGUCGAAGCUUAGUCCUAGAAGUCGAGCAAUCUGAUCUUUAUGAUGUCCCAUUAGUUUCAUCCGCUACUAAUGAAUGGGAAACUUACUCAGGUAGCACGGACUUGGCAUUUGAAGUAAACAGACCACGUUAAUUCAAUAUCGAUGCUUAAUUCUUACGCUGUCGAUUGUUUGAGCAUUGCUACCAAGCUUGCACAAAAUAUAGCUAGUAAGGUUAUAGUUGUGUUUUCAGUAUUCAUGUAUGUUGUGAUCGUUUUUAGCCUCCUAGCUAGGAGUUCAGGACAUGGAAGGAAAAAACAUUGUAUUUCCAUGUAACUUUGUAAUAGUCUUUAAAGUUUCUAAAGCUAUGUGAAAAUAUAUGUUUAUGUAA